CCCUAGGCCCUACUAUUUUGUAUUGUGAUUGUACACAUGCAAUGGUUGCAUUGCAUCCAUAGACGGUUGCAUCGCCGUACAUUAAAUCAAUUUUAGGUCUUUUAGGAUUGAAAACAAUGCAUUGGUAUUACAGUAAAGAAUUCACUGACUCGAAAACUCCGUCUAGGGCAGAUGGAGUUGAAUUCGAAACGGAAUUACGCUACAGAAAGGAAGGAGCGCGCUUUAUAAUGGAGCUUGGCAACAAACUGGGACUGAGAUAUCUAACAAUGGCUACUGGAAUUGUAUUUUUCCACAGAUUCUAUAUGAAUCAGUCUUUUAAGAAUUUCUCAAGAUGGGUCACUGGCACUGCUUGCUUGUUUUUGGCGGGAAAAGUUGAAGAAACCCCUAAAAAGUGUAAAGAUGUACUGAAGAUGUGCAGAGCUAUGCUGGCAGACCAACAAUGGGAAGCUUUCGGGGAGAACCCCAGGGAAGAGGUGAUGAUGUUAGAGAGAAUAUUAUUGCAAACGAUCAAAUUUGAUUUGCAAGUGGAUCAUCCUUAUCAAUAUCUGAUUAAAUAUGGCAAGGACUUAAAAGGUGACAAAGAAAGGAUAAAUGAACUUGUUCAAAAGGCGUGGAUAUUCAUCAAUGACAGCCUGUCAACUUGCAUCUGCUUGCAUUACAAACCAUCAGUAGUAGCAUUAGCAAUGUUUCAUUUAGCUGCAAAACUCUCAAAACAAAAUAUGCAGAAUUUCACUCCUGUCCCAAGACAAGAUUGGUGGAGACUUUUUUUACCAGAUGUUGAACAGUCAGUGCUAGAUGAUAUUUGCAAUGAAAUGAUGGACUUAUAUGAUUCAAGUCGGCAAAAGUCAAAAUCAAGGGAAGGUAGUGUUGCUAGAUCAAAAGAUGGCAGUGUUACAGAAAGCCCAGGUUAUACCCCAAGUGGAAGUCCCCAAGUUACUGGCAGCCCACCAUCAAAAAAGAAAAGAAGCCAGUCUUCUUCACUGGGUGAUGGACAAAAAGCUAAAGACUCCCCAAUGAUGAAGCCAUUGCAAGUGGAAAAUGUAAGCCCACCUAUGGUUGUCAAAGCUCUAUCAAAUCCUCCUCAGCCUCCACAAUCAACUCCAAAGCCAAUUGUGCCAACUGUAAAUAGUGUUCAAAGUCAUGGACAUUUUUUUCAACAAGGAUAUGAAACUGUUGCACCCCAGGUGAAAGAUGGUGUUCCAAUGGUACCAGACAUCACUCCAAAACAGCCAAAUACCAGUCAACAAAUUUUAAAUCCUGUCCCUAUGAUACAAAAUCCACAGACAUUGAGUAGCCUGUAUCCUCAUGGUAUGCCAGUACAUAACCAUGGUAUGCCAUCAGCACAGGGAGUACCCCCUUCACAGCCUCAUCCACAUGGGACACCUGGUCAGGCAUUACCCCCACAUGGGCAAGUAAUGCCCCCUAGAGAUCAGAUUCCCAUGGGAAUUGAUCAAGGACAUUAUGCGUACAACAUGGCACAGCCCCAACAGCCACCUCAACAACAGCAAUUCCACUCAUAUAUGACCACACAGUUACCAACAGCAAACCAAUGGCAGACACAGCAGCCAGGAAUAGGCCCUGGCUGGAUGAAGUGA